UCUUCAGUCACACAAACACCAGGAGACACAAACACAGACACUGUCAGAGCGACUUUACCAGCAGUAACAGUCAUGAGUUCAGCUCUGUAUCUGGUCCUGCUUUUCUCAGCUCUGUGGACUCUCUCCUUCUGUGGGACUCGUCAGUUUUAUGUGGUGAAUCAAGAUAAGACCUGGACCGAUGCUCAGAAAUACUGCAGACACAAAUUCACGGACCUGGCAACCAUUCAGAGCCAAAAGGAGAUGAACGCUCUGUUAGCUGUUCACAAUAGGAAAACAGGCUAUUUCUGGAUUGGACUGAGACAGAAAAGAAAUGUGAACAACACUUGUUUCCAAGGAGCUGCUGCAGGGCCACCAAUGACCAGUGGGGUCAACCGGAGCUUCCACUCAUCCAGAUUAAUGAGGAGUUGACGUGGAGAGAAGCUCUGAGAUCCUGCAGAGAGAAUCAUGUGG